CGUUGCUUCUGUGGCGAUUGCAGAGGCUGUUGCUAAUUGGAGAAGCCCCGCCGAGCAGCGGCAUCUUCCCUCUUCCGAUCCCGCCGCUCUUGGCAUUUCGAGAGCGAACUAGGCUGGUCUGCGCGCCGUCCCUCCCCCACCCUCCCCAAAAUAGCCGUGCUUUCCGAAGUAUGGACUAAAAUCACGCUGCUCCCCACCUCGCCCUUGCACCCGGCUGGCUCCCAACUCUGCGUGAGACCCCGGCCGGCGGUGGCGGGCGCCCUGCACGGACCAUGACCACCGCGAAGGACCCGAGUGCCUCGGGGAAAUCCGUGCAGCAGCAGGAGCAGGAGCUGGUGGGAAGUAAUCCUCCGCAACGAAACUGGAAAGGCAUCGCGAUCGCACUGCUUGUGAUUCUGGUCAUCUGCUCCCUGAUCGUCACCUCGGUCAUUCUGCUGACGCCAGCUGAAGAUAAUAGUCUGUCUCAAAAGAAGAAGGUCACUGUGGAAGAUCUCUUCAGUGAAGAUUUCAAAAUUCAUGACCCCGAGGCUAAGUGGAUAAGUGAUACAGAAUUCAUCUACAGAGAACAGAAAGGAACGGUGAUUCUGCGGAAUGUUGAAACAAAUAUUUCGACUGUGUUAAUAGAAGGCAAAAAAAUUGAAUCAUUAAGAGCCAUCAGAUAUGAAAUCUCUCCAGACAGAGAGUAUGCGCUUUUUUCAUAUAACGUGGAACCGAUAUAUCAACACUCCUAUACUGGAUAUUAUGUCCUGAGCAAAAUUCCUCAUGGGGAUCCUCAAAGUCUGGACCCACCAGAAGUCAGCAAUGCAAAGCUCCAGUAUGCAGGGUGGGGCCCCAAAGGCCAGCAGCUGAUAUUUAUCUUUGAAAACAACAUCUACUACUGCGCACAUGUCGGGAAGCAGGCCAUCCGCGUGGUCUCUACGGGGAAGGAGGGUGUGAUCUACAACGGCCUCAGCGACUGGCUGUACGAAGAGGAGAUUUUGAAGACCCACAUUGCACACUGGUGGUCUCCGGAUGGCUCCAGGCUCGCCUACGCCACCAUCAACGAUUCCCGUGUCCCCCUCAUGGAGCUCCCGACCUACACCGGCUCCGUGUACCCCACCGUGAGGCCCUACCACUACCCCAAGGCUGGAUGUGAAAACCCCAGUAUCUCCCUGCACGUCAUCGGCUUAAAUGGACCCACCCACGACCUGGAGAUGAUGCCACCUGACGACCCGCGAAUGAGGGAGUACUACAUCACCAUGGUGAAGUGGGCCACCAGCACCAAGGUUGCCGUGACCUGGCUGAAUCGCGCGCAGAACGUGUCCAUCCUCACCCUCUGUGACGCCACCACGGGGGUCUGCACAAAGAAACACGAGGAUGAAAGCGAGGCCUGGCUCCACCGACAGAACGAAGAACCCGUGUUCUCCAAGGACGGCCGCAAGUUUUUCUUUGUCAGAGCCAUCCCCCAGGGAGGACGAGGAAAGUUCUACCACAUCACCGUGUCCUCGUCCCAGCCCAACAGCAGCAAUGACAACAUCCAGUCCAUCACCUCUGGGGACUGGGACGUGACCAAGAUCCUGUCCUACGACGAGAAGCGGAAUAAGAUCUACUUCCUGAGCACGGAGGACCUGCCUCGGCGACGACAGCUCUACAGCGCCAACACCGUGGGCAACUUCAAUAGGCAGUGCCUCUCCUGUGACCUGGUGGAGAAUUGCACCUACUUCAGUGCCUCCUUCAGCCACAGCAUGGACUUCUUCCUGCUCAAGUGCGAAGGUCCUGGAGUUCCCAGGGUGACGGUGCACAACACCACGGACAACAAAAAGAUUUUCGACCUGGAAACAAACGAGCGCGUGCAGAAGGCCGUAAGUGACCGACAGAUGCCCAGAGUGGAAUACAGGAAGAUCGAGGUCGAUGAUUACAACCUGCCCGUGCAGAUCCUGAAGCCAGCAACCUUCACCGACACCGCCCACUACCCCCUGCUCCUGGUGGUGGACGGCGCCCCGGGCAGCCAGAGCGUGGCCGAGCGGUUCGAGGUGAGCUGGGAGACGGCGCUGGUGAGCACCCAGGAGGCCGUGCUGGUCCGGUGCGACGGCCGCGGCAGCGGCUUCCAGGGGACCAAGCUCCUGCACGAAGUGAGGCGGCGGCUGGGCUCCCUGGAGGAGAAGGACCAGACGGAGGCCGUGCGGGCGCUGCUGAAGGAGCAGUACAUCGACAAAACUCGCGUGGCCGUGUUCGGGAAGGACUACGGCGGGUACCUGAGCACCUCCAUCCUCCCGGCGAAGGGCGAGAACCAGAGGCCGACCUUCACCUGCGGCGCCGCCCUGUCUCCGAUAACCGACUUCAAACUCUACGCAUCUGCCUUCUCCGAGAGGUACCUGGGCCUCCACGGACUGGACAACAGAGCAUAUGAGAUGACCAAGGUGGCCCAUCGAGUCUCUGCGCUGGAGGAGCAGCAGUUUCUGAUCAUUCACGCCACCGCCGACGAAAAAAUCCAUUUCCAGCAUACAGCAGAACUCAUCACACAGCUAAUUCGGGCAAAGUCUAACUACAGCUUACAGAUCUACCCGGACGAAAGCCAUUACUUCCACAGCGCCGCGCUCAAGCAGCACCUGUACCGCUCCAUCAUCGGCUUCUUCGCCGAGUGCUUCAGGAUUCAAGACAAACUUCCCACAGUCUCGACGAAAGAGGACGAGGAGGACGACUAG